AUGGCGGUCUCCCAUCGCAAGAUGGGCUCCGUCCCAUUUUGCACCCUUCUUUGCUGCUUUAUUAGCAUGGCAGCAGCCAAUAUAUUCGAGUACCAGACAGAUUCCCAACCAUUACGCCCAUGCGAACUUCAGAGGGAAAAAGCUUUUUCAGGAGGAGAAACCUACGUUCCUCAGUGCUCAGAAGAUGGCCAGUUCAGUGGCAGCAAACAGAAUGGAUAUCCCGUAGCUUGCUUAUCCUUUUGCCAGCUGCAAAAGCAGAGGAUCUUGGUGAGUCGCUACAUCAACAGCAGCAGCAGCUCCUACAUCCCUCAGUGCCUGGAUUCAGGGGCAUUUGAUGCGGUGCAGUGCGACACGGAGCUGCGUCAGUGCUGGUGUGUAGAUCCAGAAGGAAUGGAGAUCUAUGGUACCAGGCAGAGAGGAAAGCCAACACGGUGUCCGGGGAACUGUGAGAUCCGAGACCGUCGCAUUCUUCAUGGGUUUGGGGAGAAGAGCCCACCACAGUGCUCAGCAGAUGGAGAGUUUCUGCCUGUCCAGUGCAAGUUUGUCAACACUACUGACAUGAUGGUUUUCGAUCUCAUUCAUAGUUACAACAGGCUCCCGGAGGCUUUCCAAACAUUCAGCUCCUUGCGGGAGAUGUUCCCGGAGGUCUCUGGGUACUGUUACUGCGUGGACAGCCUGGGGAGAGAGUUAGCAGACACUGGCUUGGAACUGCUGCUCGGUGAAGUUUAUGAUACAAUUUUCUCUGCGCUGGAGCCUGCCCGCAUGUUCACGGAGACCAGCAUAUAUCGGAUCCUGCAGAGGCGGUUUCUGGGGGUUCAGCUAGCUACCUCUGGCAAGUUCAGGUGCCCCUCCAAGUGUGAGGUUGAGAGGUACGCAGCCCUGCGCUACCAGCACGCCUACGUGCCAUCUUGUGGUACCGAUGGGGGCUACACGCCACUGCAGUGUCAGCAGGGAGGCCAGUGCUGGUGUGUAGACACCAAAGGGCAAGAGGUCCAGGGCACAAAGAGACGAGGACAGCCACCAGCCUGUGGUGAAGAACAAGUGUGCAUCUCUGAGAGACGACGGGCCUUGUCAAGGAUCUUUUAUGGCCCUGCUGGGUACAUCGGUCAGCCCAAUUUGUUUUCCAUGCCAGAUAUGCAGUUGGAAAAAAUAGCUGGCUUCUCAAGACCCUGCCCUCCCUUCUUCAAGGAGCUGUUUCUGGACUCCGGAUUGUCAUCUGCAGUUGCACAAAGCCAGAUUCCUGGGCUAGAAACCACCCUUAGUGAAGCCAUCACGGGGAUGUUCCCAUCAAGGGAACUGGCCCAAGUGGCCCUGCAGUUUACUGCCAAUCCAAAGCGUUUCCAAGAAAACCUCUUUGGAGGAAAGUUCUUGAAGAAUUUGAUCCAGUUUAACUUCACGGGGGCACUUGGCACUAGUGGGAAAUACAGAAUUGGCCAAUUUUUUUCACAGGAGGAUGUGGCAGAGAGAGAUAACGAACAAGACCUUCUGGAAUCAGCUGAGGCAUUUUCAUUGGAGGUAUCAAAGGGGAGCUCCAUAUUGAGUAAACCUCUUGUAGGCAGCUUUGGCCGCACAGUAACUCUACAGGACAAUCAGAAUAUGAUGAAAUUCCUUUCCUCUGUUCUGGAACUACCAGAGUUCUUUACUUUUCUUCAGCAAGUGAUUUCUGUCCCCAAAAGCAUUGCUGAAGAUUUAGGUGAAGUGGUAAAACUAGCACUGGGAUCCAAAGACUGUGGUGAGGAGCCAAAGGACCUGUUUGUUCCAACAUGCACCAAGGAGGGGAGGUAUGAGGAAGUUCAGUGCUAUGCAGGAGAGUGCUGGUGUUCGGACACUUCAGGUAAGGAAGUUCCAGACUCAAGAGUUCAAGGCAAACGUCCAAGGUGUCCCACUGAUUGCGAGAAGCAAAGGAGAAACCUGCAAAACUUGAAGAAAAGCCUGCCUGCAGGAUCAGACCUUUUUAUUCCCUCUUGUACCGAGGAUGGAGACUUUCUGCCACUCCAGUGUUAUGGGACGAAUUGCUUCUGUGUUGAUUUGAAUGGCAAGACUAUUCCAGGAAUAAGGGGAGAAGCUGGAAAGCCGAUGCAGUGCCCAAGCGCUUGCCAAGUAACAGCUGGUCAGGAGUUUCUGAAGGCUGUGAAACUCCUGUUGUCAGCUCCAAGUGCUCCAUCGCAGCUCUCCAGCGUUCACCUCCCGCAGUGCGAUGCUGAGGGUGCCUGGAGGCAGGUGCAGUGCAGCGGCCCUUCCGAGCAAGCCUUGGAGUGGUACGAAAGGUGGAUCGCGGAGAACAAUGAAGGCAAAACCCUGCCCGUUGCUAAUCUGUUUAACGUCAUAACGGGAUAUAAAGAGGCAUCUUCCAAAGGCUUUUCAGCUUUUGUUAAAGCCUUGUAUGAGGCUGGGCAUCAGAAUGUCUUCCCAGUAUUUACCACGUAUUCUUCCUUCACUGAUCUCCCACCUGAAGUGCUGGAAGGAAACGUGACCUAUGCAUCCGAGAACAUUUUACUGGAUCCAUAUACGUUCUGGCAGCUUCUGAAUGAGCAGCUGACCUAUUACCCAGGACCCUAUACUGAUUUCAGCGCUCCAUUAAGCCACUUUGAGCUUCGUGAUUGUUGGUGUGUUGAUAGCAAAGGAGAGGAACUGCAAGGAACAAAGGUAGAAGCGAACCAGGUCCCAGCAUGUCCUGGUAUAUGUGAAGUUGUUAAGCAGAAAGCCAUGAAAUUUAUGGAGGAGGCAGAGCAGCUCAUCCUAGCAUCAAAUAGUUCCCACUUCCCUUUUGGAGAAAGCUUCUUGAUGGCAAAGGGAAUACAGCUCACAGACAACGACCUCCUACGUUCUGCUCAGCCCUACGAGGCAGAGGUGGUGGUCUCUGAAAAGCUGUUAUCGGGCAGUGACUAUGCUCUCCAGCUGGCUGCACAGUCAGUCUUGCAUUUCUACUGGCAGAGUCACUUUACCUCAAAACAUUCUGCUGGGGAAGCAACUCAGCUGGGAUUUCUCCCUUACAUCCCACAGUGUGAUGGGCUGGGAAACUGGGAGCCAACUCAGUGUUAUGAGAGCACAGGUCAUUGUUGGUGCGUGGAUGAGAGAGGACGUUAUGUCGUGGAUUCCUUGGUCUCACGCUCAGCAGAACUUCCCAAAUGCCAGACAUCAUGCCAGCGAUCUCGAACCAAUGCCUUAAUUUCCAGCUGGAGACAGAGCGGUUAAAAGCUGGACAUCUCUACAGCUGAUCUGUUCAUCCCCUACUGCCUUGAGACAGGAGAAUACGCUGUGCUACAGAGAUCCAACACGGAUAUUUGGUGUGUAGACCCUGUGUCAGGAGAAUUGUUUCAGCGUGGCAGCCAAGACUUGGAUGGCAAUCCUGAGUGUCCUAGUUUCUGUAAUAUGCUGAAGUCUAAAACUGGUUUACGAGAAGCUGGCAAAGGCUACAUCCCAGAGUGUGAAGGGGACAACGGGACUUUCUCGCCCGUGCAGUGCAGCCAGGAUCAAGAGAGCUGCUGGUGUGUCUUUGAGAAUGGAGAAGAGGUGCCAGGGACACGAGUAAGCGGAGGAAGACCUGUGUGUGCAAGUCCGCAAUGUGCUCUGCCAUUCGGUGCCUCAUCUGUUCUCAACGGAGCUGUGUUUUGUGAAAACAUUCCUGGGCAAGCUUCAAGCAUUCAGCAGUGCCGGCUGGUGUGUCGCCAGGGCUUCCACAGCUCCUCUUCCAGCACGUCGUUUCAGUGUGAUGGGCAGCAGCGUCGAUGGCUCCAAUUACUUCAGACAGUCCAAGCUCAAACACGCUUCCAACUACUACUGCCUCCUGAGAAGACUUGUAGUUCUGACUACUCUGGAUUACUCCAGGCAUUCCAGAUAUUUAUUUUAGAUGAGUUGAAGGCUCGUGGUUUGUGUCACCUCCAGGUAAAUGUGUUUGGAAAUACCAUCUCGGUUUCUGUCUGUGAUGAUUCCACUGUCGAUGUCGAGUGCCUGGGCCUGGACCGCCUGGGGGUGAACGUCACGUGGAGGACUCAGCUUGAGAACAUCCCAGCAGCUUCUCUCCCUGACUUACAUGAUAUUGAAAAUGCAAUUGUUGGAGAAAACCUCAUUGGAGCAUUUAUAAAAGAGAUUAAGGAUGGUGGUUUUCUGCUGCAUUUAGACUCCAAGCAAUUCCUAGGAGAUUCUUUCAUUGAUUUUCCCCGGGAUGAAGAGUUUGAUCUGUCUCCGAGUGUGCAGCUAGGAUGCAGAAGCGGGUUUCGAAGAAUUUCAUCUCCUGGGAAAGCAGUCCCAAAUUCACAAGGAUGUGUUGUUUGUCCUCCGGGCAGUCAUUUCCAGAAGGAUGAAUGCAUUCCCUGCCCUUUUGGCUACUAUCAGCAUCAGACAGGACGUUCUUCUUGCAUCAAGUGUCCUGUGGGCAAAACUACCAACUCCUAUGGGGCAUUCAGUGCUGAUCACUGUAUCACAUACUGUCAAAGCAAUGAGCAGGGUCUGCAGUGUGAUGAAGAUGGCCAGUAUAGACCUUCCCAGCAAGACCCUGACACUAAGAAAUCCUUCUGUGUCGAUAGCUUUGGAGCAGCAUUGGAGUGGACUAAAGCAGACGAUCUCCUUACAGACUACCAGUGCCUAGUGCUCAGAAAAUUUGAGAGGGUUCCUGCCUCCAGACUGAUUUAUGGGUCAGAAGAAGCUCAGAUUCUCCAGUCUCAGACAUUUGGGGGAGACCUGCAAAGUCCAGCUUUUCAGUGCAUUUCAGGCUGUGAGAGGGAAGAUGCGUGUGGCUUUGCCACUGUAACUCCUGCUGGUGCUGAAGUUCUGUGUGAAUUAUACAGUGUUGCUGAAGACAACUUCAACUGCACCACCUCUGGUUUGGUGCAAGGUGUUUUGGGGAACCCUGCUGCCACCAGCAUCAGUCGUCUCAGCUGCCUGCUUCACGUCAGAAAUCCAGAGGGAGAUGCAGUGAUGGUCUAUUUGAAGAGAGGACCAGACUUUAACUCAUCUGGACUCAAGACCUUUGAAAGGACCAGCUUUCAGAAUGUGCUUUCUGGCGUGUAUCGCUCCGUGGUGCUCUCAGCAGCUAGCACAUCUCUGACUGAUGCUCAGCUCUUCUGCCGGCAGACUUGCAGCAGGGACUCUUGCUGUGAUGGCUUCAUCUUGAGUCAGAUUGUGCUGGAUGGAGGUACCAUUUUGUGUAGUCUGAUGAGCGACCCAGAUGUGCUGAUCUGCAGUGCAAAUGGCUGGAGUUCAACACCGACAUCUGGCAUAGGUGGGAUAUGUAAAGGUGUGAGCUAUGACGAACAAGAGAAGAUGUUUUCCUUCACCCUUGGAGGACAAGUAUUCAGUGGAACUUCUGAGUUGGCAGAAGAGGCAGAAAGAAAUUUUACUACCUUUCAGCAAGUUUAUCUGUGGAGAGGCUCCGAUAUGGUUACCCAAACUAAAACCUCAGAGUGUGAUGCUACUGCUUUGAAGACAGAGAAUGAUCUAACACUAUCAGGUUCCACAAAGGAUCUUUUCUACCUAAUGGACAACAGCCGGAUACAAAGUGACCAGAAUUAUUCUCUCCCUUACCAGCAGUAUUGGGUCUUCAAGCAGAAGUACUCAGCAGAUGAAGCGGUGCUUUGGUGUCUCACACGUUGUGCACAAGAAGAUGAGUUUUGUCGAAUGGCAGAUCUUCAAAACACUACAGACAAAUACUUUGUGUGUACCCUCUAUCCAGAAGCACAGAUUUGUGAUGGCAGCAUCGAUCAAAUACCAGAAAACUGUCAAAUUGUUCUGCCUUGGCAACCACAGACAUUGUAUCAUAAAAUAGUCACUCUAAAGAGUUCUGUGAAGAGCUUCUACAUGCGUGUACCAUUCCAGAAAGUAACAGGGAUCUCAGUGAGGAAUAAGACUGACAUGAGCAGGAAAGCUGUUUCAGAUGGCUUCUUUGAGUGUGAGCGUUGGUGUGAUGCUGACCCCUGUUGCACGGGAUUUGGCUUUUUUAAUGACUCCCAGCUAUCAGGUGGAAAGAUCGUGUGCCUGACUCUGAACAGCCUAGGAAUCCAGAUGUGUGCUGAGGAAACAAGAAGCGCUUGGCAAGUUUCAGAUUGUAGUUCACCAGAUGCCGAAGUCAGAAUACACCCGUUUGGCUGGUAUCAAAAACCUGCUGACUUGAAGAACACCGUGCCUAACCUGUGUCCACCUGUUAGUUUACCUCUCAGGCCAGAAAGUGAGUAUUUGGAUAUAUGGCAACCCUUAAAUGUAUCCUCUGUUCUCAUGGAUUCGUCCAUCUCAAACUUUGAAGUUGUGCAAGUUAGUAGAGAUAUAUCCAAUGACUUCUCCACUACCAGAGACUUUUGUCUAUCCGCUUGUUCAAAGAACCAGUCAUGUACAGUGGUUACACUGGAAAUCCAGCCUUCAGCAGUAAGAUGCCUUUUCUACCCUGAUACACUGAUAUGCACACAUGGCCUGCAAGGGCACAGCUGCCGGGUUUUACUCAAAGAGCCAGCUACGUUUAUCUAUAGGAGACAAGCUCCUCCAAUAGAUUUAUUCCGUUCCAUUUCUGAAUCGGAUUUAACUCCAUCUGUUUACAUCCCGUCUCAUGGAGAUCUGAUGGGCAAAUCCCAGGUGAUCCGCAUUGGCUCAGAGUGGAGAAACAUCAGCCAGUUCCUGGGGAUCCCGUAUGCUGCACCACCUCUUGCAGAGAGGCGCUUCAGUCCUCCAGAGACGUUUGCUUGGGUGGAAACCUGGAAUGCUACCGUGGCUCGGGCAGCUUGUUGGCAGCCAGGAGAUGGAGAGGCCCCGUCGCACUCUGUCAGCGAAGACUGCCUAUAUCUGAACGUCUUUGUUCCUGCCACCACUGUCAAAAACAUGUCAGUGUUGCUGUUCUUCCACAAUGGAGGGAGCUACGAUGCUGAGACAGGAAAGCCAACCAUAGAUGGAUCAUACCUGGCUGCCAUCAGUAACAUCAUUGUCGUGACAGCAAACUACCGGGUUGGUGUUUUUGGCUUCUUUACUACUGGUUCUCCUGAGGCGAGAGGAAACGCUGGCCUUUUGGAUCAAUUGGCUGUUUUGAAGUGGGUGCAGCAGAACAUUGCUAGUUUUGGAGGAGACCCAAGCCAGGUUUCUUUAGGAGCUGACCGUGGUGGGGCCGAUGUUACCAGCAUUCACCUGCUCACAGAGGCAGUGGAUAUGGACCUCUUCAGGAGGGUGGUGUUGAUGGGAGGUUCAGCUUUUUCUCCAGCAUCCGUUAUUACUAAGAGGAGAGUGCAGACCCAAGCAGCAGUCCUGGCUGAAGAUGUGGGAUGCUCUUCAUCCACCAGUGAGGAAAUUGUAGCCUGCCUCCGCCAGUUGCCUGCUCGGGUCCUCAAUGAUGCUCAGACUAAGCUCCUAGCUAUAAGCGGUCCAUUCCAGUACUGGGGUCCAGUGAUGGAUGGAAUUUACCUUCGGGAACCUUUAGCUAAAGCCCUGCAGCGCCCUCAACUUCGCAAAGUAGAUCUGCUCAUUGGAAGUGCUCAGCAAGAUGGGUUGAUCAGCAGAGCUAAGGCAAUUAAGAAAUUUGAAGAAAGCCAAGGAAGAGCCAACAGCAAAACAGCCUUUUAUCAGGCACUGCAAAAUUCUCUAGGAGGAGAAGACUCCAACACGUUCAUUGAAGAUGCAGCUACAUGGUAUUAUUCCCUUGAACACUCAACUGAUGAUUAUUCGUCUUUUUCCAGGGCUUUGGAAAAUGCCACCCGUGACCAGUUUAUCACAUGUCCCAUCAUAAACAUGGCCAGUCACUGGGCUGCUGCCUCCAGAGGAAAUGUCUUCAUGUACCAUGUACCUGAGAGGUCCUCACAGAGCAGUUCAGGUCAGGAGCUCUUGCUGGAUGUUCAGUAUGCAUUUGGACUGCCAUUCUACCCUAAGUAUGAAAAACAAUUUACUCUGGAAGAAAAGAGCCUUUCCUUGAAAAUUAUGCAAUAUAUCUCUAAUUUUGUAAACUCGGGAAAUCCAAACUAUCCUCAUAGUUUCUCAAGAAGAAUGUCUGGGGUGAUACCCCACUGGCCUAUGUAUCUGCCAAAUGAUGAUGGUGAUAACUACAAGGAGUUCACUGUUUCCUUGCCAACUCUUAAAGGAUUGAAAAAAGCAGACUGUUCCUUUUGGUCUGAUUAUAUCAGAAGACUGAAAGCAUCCACCGGAAGUGCAAGUAAUGGAGAGCCAUCUGCAGAAAACAGCCCUAGUGAAGCUCCCAGUGAAGGACUUGCCUCCCAGGAGAGCCAGCCACUGGGAGACAAGGUGGCUUACAGCAGAUAG